GGCAACGCUUUAUUUUUCUGCGGGUCUAGUCAUAAGAAAGAAAUUUAGUUGUCGUUGAAAAUUUCGUGAUUCAAAGUUCCAAUCACAAGUAAAUUCGCGAACAUGUUUCGCAUUUUGAUACUAAUCGUCGCAAUCUUUGUGAUGAUCGACGCGCAAUUGCAGAGGAUUUCAUUACACAAGAUGGAUUCUAUUCGACACACUUUGAAGGUGCGUGACACUGCCAAUCCAACAGUUUCUACGCUCAAAGGGAGGGUGCCUUUAUGCAAUUAUUUAAAUGCUCAGUAUUAUGGUGUUGUUACUAUCGGAACUCCGCCGCAGAAAUUUAAUGUAAUGUUUGAUACUGGUUCCUCAAACUUUUGGAUAUCAUCCAAAAAGUGCAACCAUUCAAACAUUGCUUGCUUAAAGCAUAACAAAUAUGAUAGAACAAAAUCCAGUACAUAUAUACAAAAUGGUACUGCGAUUGAACUUCCAUACGCCGGAGGCUCUGUGACGGGAUCUUUAUCUACUGACGUAGUGAGUAUUGGCGGUCUCAAUGUUCAAAAUCAAACAUUUGCGGAAGCAAUACACGUGCGAGGCCAAGCGUUAAUUGCUUCAAAAUAUGAUGGUAAUAUGGGCAUGGGUUUUAAAACGAUAUCCGUCAACGAAGUAAUGCCUGUGUUCUACAAUAUAGUGAAACAAAGACUAGUGUCAUCAGCCGUUUUCAGCUUUUAUUUGAAAAAAGAUCUUUCGGAGAAUUUCGGUGGUGAAUUAAUAUUGGGUGGUACGGAUCCCGCUUAUUACGAAGGCGAGUUGACGUAUGUUCCUAUCACUAAGAAAGGAUACUGGCAAUUUGCUAUAAAUAAAAUCACAAUACCUAAUAAUAAUAUUACCUUGUGCGACGGUGGCUGUCAAGCUAUCGCUGAUACAGGUACCUCAUUAAUAUAUGGACCAAUUUUUGACAUCUUAGUUAUUAAUAACUUUAUUGGAGCUAUUGACAUUAAUGGACUGUUUAUAUUACUCUGUGAGAAGAAAAACUCUACUAGCAUGCCAGUAAUCAGUUUUUCUAUAGGUGAUAAAGUGUUCAAUCUUACCAGUGAUGAUUACGUCCAAUCGUUUUCAAAUAAGGAUCGUGCGGAGUGUAUGAGUGGUUUUGUUCCAGAGAAUACUGAUAAAUUGUGGACUCUAGGAGAUAUAUUUCUUAGCCGUUAUUAUAGCGUGUAUGAUUUUGAAAAAGACCGAGUGGGAUUUGCCCCAGCGAAAUAAAUGUCGAUUGCUAUUUCUUGAAAUAAGUUGAAUAAUGAUUAUAAUAAUAAGUCAUCGCAUUUAAAUAAAACUUCGCCAUUAAUGUAGCAACUUUUUUAUGGUUUUUUAAUGUUUAUUAACUACUAAUUUUCUAUUUAUAGUUAUGUAAUACAUUGUUAUAAACGGAUUUAUUCGUUUUGGAGAAUUAAAAUGAGGAUAUAUAUGGAAAAUAUUUUUCAAUAAUAAUUGGAUAUAUUUUUUUCA